CCCGGGCCGGACCCCGGGUCUGCAGCAGCAUGGCUAACGUGCGGGUGGCCGUGCGGGUGCGACCGCUCAGCCAAAGGGAGUGUGCGGAUGGGGGAAGAAUAAUUAUUGAAGUUGACGGCAAUGUGGCAAAAGUCAGGAAAUGGAAGGUGAACUGUGGGGCGAGAGCCUCCAGGGACUCAAAGGAAAAAAUCAUGGCAUUUGGCUUUGAUUACUGCUACUGGUCUGUGAACCCUGAGGACCCCCAUUAUGCAUCUCAGGAAAUGGUGUUUCAGGACCUGGGGACCGCAGUGUUGGCUGGGGCCGCCCAAGGCUACAACAUCUGCCUCUUCGCCUACGGACAGACAGGCUCGGGGAAGACCUACACCAUGAUGGGCACCCCUGCUUCGGUGGGGCUGACGCCACGGAUCUGCGAGGGCCUCUUCCUGAGGGGUAGCCAUUCCCUGGAGCAGCCCCCACCCUAUAGGAUCAGAGUGAGUUUCCUAGAAAUCUACAAUGAGCGAGUAAGAGACCUCCUGAAGCAGUCAGACCAGAAGAAGCCCUUCACCCUGCGUGUCAGGGAGCACCCAGAGGCGGGUCCUUAUGUCCAAGGAUUAUCUCAGCAUGUAGUGACCAACUAUGAGCAAGUUGUGAGACUCCUGGAAGAGGGAAUAGCAAACAGAAUCACGGCAGCCACUCAUGUCCACGAGGCCAGUAGCAGAUCUCACGCCAUCUUCACUAUACACUACACCCAGGCCCUCCCGGAGUGCAGCACUCCCUCCGAGAUUGCCAGCAAGAUCAGCCUCGUGGACCUGGCAGGCAGCGAGAGAGCCAAUCCCAGCUCCUGUAAACCUCAACUCACUGAGGGCUCCAGCAUCAACAGAUCUCUGAUGACUCUGGGUAUCGUGAUCUCCACACUCGCGCAGAACUCCCAGAGCUCAGCCAGGAUGGGGGAGCCCAGCAAGAGCACCACCUCCUCUCCGGGGGCCAGCCGAGUUAGGGGUUCGACCCGGAGGCAGCCAUACAUCCCCUAUCGGGACUCGGUGCUGACCUGGCUGCUGAGGGACAGCCUUGGGGGCAACUCCCAGACCAUCAUGGUGGCCACUGUGUCUCCUGCUCAUUCCUCUUACCGAGAGACCAUAAGCACCUUGAGAUACGCGUCCAGUGCCAAGAACAUCAUUAACCAGCCUCAGGUGAAUGAGGAUGCAAAUGUGAAACUGAUCAGAGAGCUGCGUAAGGAGAUCGACUGCCUGAAGACCAUGCUUUUGAGUUUGGAAAUGAAGAACUUCAGUCCCCUCUACAAUGGCAGGAACAGAAGCUUGGCUGCACUGGUUCUCCAGAAUGAGUUACAGAUAGGACAUCAGACCCAAGAGUGGGCUGAGAUGUGGAGCGCUUGGGACACCCUCCUGAAGCAGUACCAGGUGGAUGGGAUCAUGGAGAAGGCUGGGGAAGCCACGGACCCCAGCCUGCCUCACCUGCUAGCCUUGGAUAGUGACGUGCUCAGCCCAGGAGUUGUGCUCUAUCGCCUUAGGGAAGGGACCACAAGGAUCGGGCGGAUUGACUCGGACCAGGAACAGGAUAUUGUCUUGCAGGGUCAGUGGAUCGAGAGAAACCACUGCACCAUCCGCAGCGUCUGUGGUGAGGUUACACUGCAGCCUGCUCAGGGAGCCCGCUGUGCCGUCAAUGGCAAAGAAGUCAUUGACGCCUGCCGACUGUCACAAGGUGACAUUAUAAAACUGGGAAAAGCCCAAAAGUUCCGUUUCAAUCACCCAGCGGAAGCGGCCAUCCUGCGACAAAGGAGAUUGGUGGGAGAGAUUUCCCCUUGGAGUGGCAACGGCUUUCUGGACUGGCAAGACUUGGAUGGCAAGAUCACCUGGCCAGGGACCUCUGGGCUGCGAAAGGAAAGGAUAAAGUCAGAUGCUGAGCCUGGAGAGCCCCAGCCGAAGCUCCUGGAACAAGAAGUCGUACUCCGGGGACAGAUUCGGCAGCAACUCGUGGUGAAGGAUUUGAGACAACUGAGGCGAACCGGGCCGGGCCAAGUCGAACGGGAGGUGGAAUUGGACCAGACUCUCAUCAGCAAGCAGAUCAAGGAUAACCAGCAGUGGCUGAACAGAGAGCAGGCUUGGCUGACAGCCCUGCAGCUGCGAUGGCCCGAGGAUCCUGAGGCCCAGACUGAGCCAGGGGCCAGCAACGAGACAGAAAACCGGGUCAGGUGGGGGCCCCCAGCCCGUUCCUGCCCUGCAGCCCGGGACCGGAAGGGUCUGGUGCAGCUGCCAUUGCUGCGGGGGGACGCCCCGAGGUCAGCCGACCCCGGCGCCCGGUGCAGGAGAGUGAAAUCCCCGCCGGAGAAGACUGUCAGGAAGCAGAAGCGGCUGGAGGCCCAGAGGAGGCUGAAAUGGUUGGAUGCCCUGGGCUGGCUCAGGAAGAAGAAUGCCAGGCAAUUCCCCGAGCUGGACCCCAGCACGGGCGCCGUGAUCACUAGGCCUCGGAGGAGAAGCGUUUGCCCCAGGACUGGCUCCCAGCACCCCCGGGGGUCCUGCAGCUGGCCCCUGGCCCCCACUUUCAGGCGAGAAAGCUGCUCCUCCCCAGGCCCAGGCCACGGCCUCUCCUGGAUAUCCCGGUCAAAGAAACCCCCAUCUCACCUGCACACCAACUCCUUCCAGGAAAAUGAACUUUGCCCCCAAAAUCCGGGGUUGUUCACCCCGGAGCACAAGACUGCUGUCAGACGGGACUCACCCACCCAAGACGCCCACCUCAUCCUGAGCUCUGGGGUUACACUGGGCUCCCUCGGAGGGGCCCCGGGGCUGUGCCGAAUAGAUAAGGAUAAACGGUCUGGCCAGAUGGUGCCCCGAGACCUGCCCUCCGUAAGCCGUUCAGCAGAAGAGCUAAAGUCGAGGGCGGAGCCCAACAGUGUCAGCCCCGGCUCCCGAGCGGGCAGGGCCUCGGGAGCCCCUGGGCCUCUGGAACAGAGACGGCGGGGUGAAAGAGACCCCCAGAGAGAAGGGACCUUCCUGACCAGAAAGGCCCUAAGGGGCACAAGUGGUGGUUCUGCCUGCCCCUGGGAAGCCUGGCCCUCAUCCGAGUCCCUAGGCCAAGGAGCCAGCCCCUGGCCUGAGACAGCCAAGUCACUGUCGCUUCCAAACCUGGUGACUGUCAUGCAGCCAGAGAAUUCCAGCCCACCUCACGAGGCAACGCUCCACAGAUUUGCCUGGAGGCAGCCCAGUACAGAUUUAGAGCUCAGGGACUGGGGAGCGGACCCCUGGUUUGGAGAAGGUGGGGAUGGCAUCUCCUCUGACCCGGGCAGCUCCCUCUUGGGAGACUCCCUUUUGUGCACGCGAGCCCGGGUGGAGACACAGCAGUCAGAUCAGGAGGGCUCCUCUGAACAGCGGGUGUUCCCAGAGCUGGAGAAUUCAGAAACCGAGGACAGUCAGCUCUCCCAGGACUCGCUAGCCGACAAGGGGCUCGGGAAGCCCACCCUCUCGAGCGGUGAACAAGGUGGAGGCGGGGCUGAGGCCUCCCCGCCAGCCUCUCCCAACGCCUCGGAGAGGGAGUUGUCCCGAUUAGAGAGAAGUUUCUCCCUAGAUAGCUUGUCUGACGCAGAAGGGAUGACAGUGGAGGAGCUGCUGGAGAAACCUGGCUCUGAAUUCCCCGAGGAGGUCCCCGCAGAGAUCUUCUGGCACCGACAGAGACCCCAGCUGCCCGUGGUAUGCCAGGAGGAGAUGGCCAGCCCUAGGGCCUGGGCCAGAGAGACGAGAGCCAAGGGGGCUCUCGGCCUCCAGAUGAGCACUUCGUUUUACCUGGCCCCGUCGCCCCAGCCCCUCGGCCAGAAGCGUCAGAUAGAGAUGCCGGAGUUCUUCAGUCCCAUCGCAGGGGGAGUCGACACAGAUUCUUGGGGCUCCCGGGGCUCCCAGAGUAAUCUUGGUGGCCCCCAGGGAGCGGCAGGCUCAUUUCGGGCAAGUCACAGUGCCCAGGGAGCCCACCUGGAUGAGAGGGAGGGCCCCAGCGGCUGGCGGAAGCUGGGUGGACUAAAGAAAUGGCCUGGCUGCCGACAGCUCCCAGAAGCCCCCCAGCUGCCUCAGGGGAGAAGGGGAGAGGGGAAGGGACUUUCCCAGGCCACCUGGGGAGCCAAGGCAGCUGGAGAAGGGUCAAAACUGACCGUGAAAGCAGGAAAUACCCCCAGUAGACGGCUUGAUGGCCGCAAAUAUCCCUGCGGUCCUGCCGGGAUUCACCAGGCCACUGCUCCUGCUUCCUCGAUUUCUCCCAGCGGUGGCUGCUGGGAAAGAGUCUGGCCGGAUGCCCAGGCCGGGCGCCUUUUCAAUUUGUCCCCCUCUGCUCCUGGGGCCCUGGCAGAAAGCAGGCCAAACUUCUGCUGCCCCGAGAGACACCCCUCUGGUGCUUCUCCAGGUUUACCUGAAGCAACCGGCGACCCCAAUUUCCACAACAACUUCUUCCGUCUGUCCCCUGUAAGGCAGCUGAGAGCAGAGCACGAGCGAGAUGGGGUGGGCCCUGGACCCCGAGAUGAGGUUUCUGUUUUCUGGGGAGCGACGCAAGAGGCUGGCCUUCGAGACUACCCUCCGACGGCCUUGGAGGCAAGACAUCCUGACCCGGGGGAGCCGCCAGUGUGUCCAGCAGAAAAUGGGGUUCCAGAUUCCAUCCAAGAAGCCUUCGAUGUCAAGCAGGGCCUCUCGGGAGGAGGGGCUCAGCUCUGCAGGACAGCGGGGGUGACAGCUGCCUGCAGGGAGGGGGUCUUCCUGUGGGCCAAGGAAGGCUUCCAGCCAGCGGCCCGGGCUCGGCGAGGGGAGAAUUCUGCCGGAGAGUUGGUUCUUCUGUGCUCCGGCAGCUCCCUUGCCCAUCCAUUGGAGAAGAUGUAUUCCCGGCAGGUCUCGGCAGAAGAAAUAGACAGGGACGAGAGAGAAGUCUACGUGAAGGACCCUGAGCUCUCUCCUCAUCCUCCCUAUUGGAGUCAGCCUCUGCCUCCUUCGACGGCAUCCUCUGAAGCUGCGUGUCAAGACGCCCUGACCGAGUCGGCCUUAGAGCCGCAGGGCAGGACCGCGCCUGAAGUGGCCCGGGACUCAAACCGGGACUGUCCCUUUCUAACGGAAUUUGAUUGGAAGGGUGACCCAGCAGCAUUUUUACAAGCGGAAUGCUCUGAGGCUUCCUUGUCCUUGCCAGGUAGCCCAUCUAGCAGGGCUGUCCAACAGGGGCCAGGUGAAGCCUCAAAAAGCCACGGAAGGCCGGGGGAAUACAACCAUUCUGUGUCUUUUUCCAUGGCCCAGGAGAGGCCGUUUCCUCAGGACGCUAGCGAGGAAGUAGGUGACUUAAAUGACUCACCCGGCAAUGCGACUCAGAACUUCACCCACCCAGGACCUGGGCACCAAGGGGAACCAGCCGUCCAGGUCCUCUGGCCAUCCACUGCUUCCAAGUCGGGGAAGAUGAACUGUCCCCUAGCAGCCGCAGCCGGCGGUGGGCAGUGGCCACCCUUGAACAUAGCAGGUCGUGCACCUGAUGACCCAGUUCCACAGGCUGGAGCCCUUUCCGGGGAAACAUGGAAUUCUGGAUACAAUCUUGGCCUCAGCCUCCACAACACAAGCCCCGGUGAUGAGGGCCUGAAAGAUGGCAGGGUUCCUCUAGGGUCCAAUCCAGCCACCCGGGGCCAGAGUCAUCCGGUCCCGUCAGUCAGGGAGACCCCGUCCCCCCCGAGGGCGGGGUCCGAGGCGGUUCUGGGCUCAAAGGGCAACUCUGUGGAAUUUGUGUUCCCAGCAGAGGUUACCACACCUGAGGAACCUGACCUGGGGAAAGAGUGGGAGAGUAGAAAAGGUAGAGAAGGAGAAAACGUCCCCAGAAAGAGCCUGCUCACCUCUCUGAGCGAAAGAAUAAAUGAUGACGAAAUGGCAAAACUGAGGAGCAGCUUGCCGCAGCUGGAGAAUGACAUUUGGGAAAUCAGAUCCAUCCAGAGAGGGCCGCGUUUGGCUGCUCCGCCUCCAGGUGGUCCGGCAGAGGCUGGGGGUGGGGCUAGGGCAGAUCUGGGAAUGAUUCAUCUCUUUCUGAAUCCAGAAGACUUCAGGAGUGACCUGGCCCACGGAGAUCAGUCCGUCUUUGCCAAGAAGGUUCAGGGGGAGGGUGGCCCACGAAGCGGCAAGGCAGCCACGGCUGCCGAGGAGACCGACAGCUGCAGCCAACGAGAUCAGUCCAAGACCAGCAGCUGCAGAGAUCAGUCGGGGACCAACAACUGCAGCCGGGAAGAGCCAGAUCUCGGCAGCUGUAGCCCCAGAGAUGAGCCGGAGAAGGACGGCGGCAGCCACGGAGAUCAGCCCGAGACUGAAAUCUGCAGCCAGGAAGAGCCAGAGACACACACCAGUAACCACAGAGAUGAACAGGAGAACGACGGCUGCGGACACGGAGAUCGGCAGACCCAGAAAUCACCCCAACCUGCUCCCAACCCAGGUGACUGCCCAGAACAGAAUCAAUUUGAGAGUGAGCACAUCCACCCAGCAGAGUCCCCUGUGGUCACUCAAGAUGGUCUGGGAUCCGGGGGAACCGGUGAAAGGCCCCGGUUCUCCCAGAGGGCUUCCCAAAACCCAGUGACCCCAGGAGGGUGGGACUCCAGGCCGACAGCGACUCGGUUUGCCGAGAUCUUGGAGGCAGGAGACCCCUUGGAGAUGGAGGGCAAAAUGGGAUUUCGGGGAAGUUCAUUUCCUGGAAAGGUAAUUAACUCUGAAGGAGCCUUAGGUGUGCUGAGGGCACAAGGCGGCCGAGAUGAAGAGUGGGACCCUCUGAAGAGAGUGAGAUCGCAGGAGGAAGAUAAAGGUGCUCCUUGGUCCCGAGAGCCUCCGAGUCCAGGCCGGGCCAGGGCGCGGGGCCAACCAAAGUAUCAGGACUCAGCAAGGCCGCUGCAGGCCCAGAAAGGGAGCGUUGGCCACCCUAGACGUGGAGACUCAGAGAGCACUUUGUCCCUGGACUCCCCAGAAGUAAGUUCCCCCGAAACACCCGGACCCUCGGGUGCCGCGGCCCGUGACCCAGAUCUGGACUCAGACGGUGACAGCCCUUCAGAGGCUGGAGCAGUGGCCGGCGUGGAACGUAGGGAAAGAGGAGAGGGAAGGCCCGAAAGUCAGAACCCCCCGGGGCCUCCCGCGAGGGGCUCCGCAGAAGACCAUCAGGCAGUGGAGGGGUCUACCAGGCUGCCCUCGGGUACUGCAGCUUGGGGGCAGGCCGAGACGAGCCUCCUGCUGGGAGAGAACAAGGAAACGAGAAACUUCUCUUGCCGUGACUACGGGGGCGGUCGGGAGGCAGCAGAGCGGAACUGGGAUCCAUCAGGUGGAAUCGUGUGUGAGGCUGAUAGCGAAGCAGUUGUCGGAAACACAGAAAGAAGAAAUCCUGUCGGCGGGCCGCCGGGGACCGAAGCCCUCCCAGCCCCGGAGCUCAAGCCCCUCUCAUUCCGGGGAGGCGCAAAGGAGGAGCGGCGGGAAGCCGCAGCACUCUCCGCGAACGAGCUGCCUGAGGCUUCCCCUGAGCCCCUGGGGCUGGCCCAGGCGAGCUCAAGGAAGUCCCAAGCAGGCGCCGGGCUCUACGAGGCCCUGGGGAAUCACUCUGAGGAACACCUGGCCCAGGGCAUCACUAGGCCUCACUCUGAAACUGAGUCGGGGGAUGCGGCGGGGUCCCGGGGCCCACUCGUCCGCUAUAGGCAAAACGGGGUCCAGGCAGAUAUUCUUCGGGGACAGAGUGAGCCACCGAAGCCAUCUGAGCAUCCCAGAGCUACAGCAGACCCCGUCCGAGACCCGUCUGGGCCCAGGUGGCGGCUUCACGUAAUCCAGGGAGGGACCAGAGGCUCCCCGCUGGAGUCCGAGGCUCCACCUAACCGAGCUGCCCGGAGCACCUCUCCUGCUUCCUCCAACCCUGGCGGGCGGACAGUGCCAGGCUGGGGUUGGGGAGGCCCGGAUGGAGACCUCAAGACUGAGGAGAAGCUAAAAGGAUAUCUUGACCCAUCCGGACCGGGACCCUUGCACGAUCCUCCAGCUUCAGAGAAGGAACUGGCAUCCUCGGCUUCCAGGGAGGGCGGGAGAGGGCAACCGCUGUCCGGACGCCGGUCCCUGGAUCUUUCCUCCAGCCCCGUUGAGGUCCAGCGGGGACUGAGCCAGGCCAAGGGAGGGACCGCUGCUGCCGUUGUGGAACCCCAGUGGGAGGGCAGCGGGCUCAGAGGUCAGAGGGCCGGAGUUGCCGGACCGGGCCAGAGCCGGGGCCCAGUGGGGUCUGCUCGUCUUGGAGGUCCCCUACGGACAGCGACCUCACUGCCUGUCCCUGAUGCUGCCUCGGCCCACCAUCCCACCGCCGGAAGCCCAGUCCCUCAGGUGGCCAAGGUGAUCUGUCUGGGAGAAACCCAGCCCCGUGAGUGCGGGCCGGCUGCCUCCUCCCACCAGGCCGCUGCAGCCCCGGCGGGGUCCGGCCCAAGCGGAGCCCUCAGUGCAAGGGGUGCUUUCUGGACAGACACGACGUUGGACUCGGAAGGAAACGUUCGGUCCGGGCAGACGGAGGCCUGUGGGAAAUGGUCUCCGCCCUUUCCCAGCCCAGCAAGGGACAGUAUCUGCCCUGGAGGCACAGAGGAAGGUCCAGAGCACAGGAAGUUUCAGGAUCAGGGAGGCUGCAGAGCCCUGAGCCUGCUUGAAGCCGAGGAGGAAACUUGCGCCGCCAGGCAAUUAUCUAGAACUCGGACUGAACCUUUACGGUCUCCUUUGGCAGUCGGGAACCAGCACGUAGAACCUCCAGUGGACGUCCCAGAAGCAGACUCCCCACUGCCUGAGGCCCGAGGGACCCCGGGAGGCCCGAUCCCGCCUGUGGCGUGCUUCCCGGCCACGCAGAUGGGAUUGCUAUCGGAGGGCAGCGAAGCGAGGGAACUUCCCACUGCCCUUUCUCACGGCCUUGAGAGAGGCAACACCCUGAGAGCGGCACCCGGCUCACACCCUCUGCAGAGAACCAGCCCCGGGAGCAGAAGAGACUCCGAUAAAGGGGACAGGUACCCCGGCAACUCCCCUCCAGUGGUCAGCCCUGGCCUGUGGGAGCCAGGGAAACUCACCAGUUGCCGUUCUGCUGAGCUUCCUGGGGAAGCAGUGCAUCCAACCAUCCCCCAGGGACGGGACCCCGGAGACACCGCUAGCAGUAAGGAAAAGGAAUCGUCGCUGCCCCCCUCAGAAGCGGCCAGUCCCAGGACAGGUGCUGGAGAGCAGGAGCCCCGAGCGGCUUCUCCCCAUAUCUAUUCCGGAAGCGGCUACCGUCCCCCAGUCCAUGGAGCCAAACGUCUCCCUAGUUCGGAGGCUGCCCCCUGGGAGGGCCCCAGCACCUCGACUCCAGGAGCCCGAGCAAGAGGGGACUCCCCGGACAGCAACCGUCGUCGGGUCGGAAGCCCCUGGAAGCAGGAGCAGAAACCGAACCAGCUCCCCCGGCCCCGCGGGAGGCGAAAUCCCCCUCAGGCUGGGUCGGCCGGAGGGGCCCGCCACUCCAGGGCCAGAGGUGCCGUGAGGUCCAAGAGGAAAAGGCUGAAGCUUGUAUCGAACAGGAACAACCCCUCACCCUUGGGAUUCCGGUCUGCAGGCAGUCGCCGGAUUCCCCACCGGGCCCCCGUUGUCCUGCUCCAGGCCGUGGACGGGCCGGGAGGCCUCGGGGGACAGGAGGAGCAGGGGGCUCGUGCCCCCCCAGGUCACUCCAGCCCUCAGCCCGGGCUAGGGGUCUCGAGCAAGCCUGGACUCUCCCCACCGGCCUCCUCCGGGUCCCUCCGGGACCUCAGCAUGAGCGUGGAGCCUCCUUCCCCAUCAGCCACCGACACCUGGGGGCAUGAGGCGUUCUGGGCGGUAGGACCCGGCGACUCUUCCCCGGCAGCCUCCGCAGACAGCACCCUACAGGAAACAAGGGAGGCCUGGGGUGCCGCUGACUGCGGCCAGACCCCCAGUCGCCACGGCCCGGAGCCUGCCUCAGUCCCCUCCUCUUCGUCCCGGGCAAGCCCAGCAGAGCCCACCCCCGACGGAGGAGCAGGAAGGGCCCCGGACGGUCCCGGACCGGGCAAGCCGGCACCGGCCUGCUGCGAGGGAGGGGUUGCGGCCCAUUCUGGGGAAGAGAGGGACCUGCCGCGCUUCCGCGGGAGUGACGUUACCCCUUACCUGUGCUGCCGGCAGCUGGGUGGGGCCGGGAGUGGGUUUGGAAGUGUCGGGGUUAUCAGUGGAGCCCAGGUGCCCGGUGGUCUGGAGCCCCGGCGGUUGACCCGGUGUUCCAGUUUGGGCAGCGUUGCGACCUCACAGAGCUCCCCGUUCCACUCGCACCUGAACACCUACGCCGGUGCCUGGGGGCUCUCCAGGACCCCCGGCAGCUCCGAGGGCCUGCAGAGUGAAGGGGAGGCCACGAGCGGCCCCAACGAUCCUUCCGGAGAAGCAGCCGAGGCGGCCGCCAGGGCUUCAGCCGAAGAGCCUGACCCUGAGCGGAUGCAGGUGGCCGUGCGGCUCUGCGUCGCGAAGAUGUCUUCGGGGAGGGCCAGGACGGCCACCUGCGAGCGGAGUACUCAAACGCUGCCUCUCCCGGGACGGAAUCGGGGACGACCCAGACGCUGCUGGAACGGCCCCGCCGAGCCCGCCCAGAGGCCAGGGGCAGGUCCUGUGUCCUCCCGUGACCAGGCUGCAGUGUGCAUAGGUACGCAGGCGUUUCCCCCGUACCUCUCCCACGCCUCGCGCGCCAACUCUGCACCGCUGGGGAACCUCUCCCGGCAGAUCCAGGCAGAGGGGAGCCCGAGUGGAAAGUGGGUGGGCUGGGGCAAAUCUGCCGUGGACUCCAGCCCCCCAGACGGGAGAAGUGGCUGGGGGAGACUGGGCUCGGAGACUGGACCCCACUCUCCAGGGCCACCGAACACCACUUUGAGCCUGCCCGAGGAUCCGGGCCACCGGAUGAAGAGCGAGCAGAGCCUCCCUACCCGAGACCCGAGACCCGAGAAUCGCUCCCCGGGAUGGAGCUCGCCCAGUUGCAGCCCCCUAGUUUCUUGGGCUACUGGCUCAGAGCCCGGCUCUCAAAUUCACGGGCUUUGGGGUUCAGCGGCCAGCACUGUAGCUAGCCAUUCGGGCUCCUGCGGCCCUCUGCCUCCGGGUCUCUCACCUCGGGGGCAGGGAUCCGGGCCCCGGCGCGCUUGCAGAGGAAGUUCCCUGGUGGACAGGGCCUCAUCCCCGAUCCUGACCCUGCGGGCCACUCGUCCUUAUCCUUGGCUGCCUGAGGCCCUGGCCAACUCUGCUGGAGAUCCUCAGGAGCCGGGGACCAACCCUCACCGAGCCCGGGAACGUGGAGGGGACAGUUCUGCCCGGAAGGACCCGACCGGAGAACGGGCGAACCGGAGUGGAGCUGGGGUCCGGACCUGCCAAGAGAAACAGAGCCUGCGGCCCUCGGACUGCCCCGGUCCAGCCAAGAUCCCACUCUCAGCUCGGCUGGGCCGGCCCCAGGUCCCUUUGGAGCGGCACGGUCGGGGCCGGCCGUUCUACGGCCCCCCGGCGCGUACCCUCUCAGAGGGCCCCUGUCGUCCAUUGCCCCUGGAGGGUCAGAGUGGAGUCGUGAGGAGGAGCGCCAGUUGCUUUCUGCUUCCCGUGACCUCAGAGGGCCCUGGGACCUGCUCGGCCCUGGCGGCCAGCAGGGAGGAAGCCCCACGGUGGUCGAGCCAGCCAGCCAUUGGGGAUGAGGCCCCGGUGUCCCCUCCCCUUCCAGGCAGCCACUGCUCCUGGAGGCCUCCUGCCUCCUCCUCCUCCGGAACGGGGGAAGGAGCCCCCGGCUUGGGUCCGGCCAGUGAUGGCGGCCCAGAGAGGACAUCAGGACGGGGCCUUGGGCCACAGUGCUCCAGCUUGAAGGACCUUCCCGUCCACGACAAAUUCAGUGAUUGGUCGGGGGUCCGCAGCAGCUCCCCCAGGGGCGGAGCUGGGGGACCCCUGGAGGGCCCGGAAGCUUCCCUGGGAGAACCUGAGAGCCGGAGCCAGGAGACCCCCCGGCCACAGAGGCAGCUGGCCCGGGUUGGGGCGGGCAUCCAGCCGGCCGUGAGCCCCCUGCUGCCGGCUCUCAGCGUGGAGCUCGCCGAAGCCAAGCUGCACUACGGGCUCGGGGCGACGGACGCGCUGCUGCAGGUUCUGCAGAGCGGCAUGGGGGAAGCCCUGGCCCCCGCCAGUCCAACCCCACUGGCCCGGGAGGAGCUGUACGGACGGCACGCGAAGGCUAUCGAGGCCCUGCGGAGGGAGCGGGCCGAGCGAUUUCGGCGGCCCAGAGCCCAGAGCCUCAGCCCCCAGAAGGACCUGAGCCUUCAGCCGGCCCAGGGGAUGGUCCGAGACGCCGAGCUACCCAGCCAACGGCGGGAUUACUUGCAGCAACUGAGAAAGGACGUGGUGGCCACCACCAGGUUCCAGGAGACCCAGCCAAGCUCUGCUCCCUGCCCAUCUGAGGUGGAGCUGCUGCUGCUGCUGGACCACCGGCGGGCCUGGCGGGAGACCGAGGUGGAAAUUGCCCGGGCCCGGGCCGAGCGGGAGAAGAGGCGUCUCCGCCGGCAGAUGGUCUCACAGCUGCGGAGGGAGGAGACAAAGCUGCGUGCCCUGGUCAGCUCCAGCUCCCUGGCUACCGGCUCCGGCCCCACCCUCCCUUCCAGCCCGACCUCCGGCUACCACAGCGGCAGCGUGGCCUGGUCCGGCCCUUGUCCCCCACCAGAAAGCCAGGGGGAUCCGGACCCGCUGAGCUCCGAUUCCGCAAGGGACCGCCCCGAGGGGAGGCGGAACGACCACCGUGGGGCUACGCCUUCCGGGGCGCCCCUGGCCUCGGAGCCAGGGAGCCCAAGUCGCAGCCCUGACCCGGGCUGCCGGAGUUCCCGCCCUGGACGGUCCAGCCCCGGUCCCCUCUACCAGGACCUGACCCAGCACAUCCUGGCCAGUGUGACGGCAGAGGUGAUGGAGGCCUGCUCAAACCACCUCCCCAACCUCUUCCGGGGCCGGGUCGCCGCAGGCUGGAAAUAUCAGUGUGAGGAGCAGGAGGUGCUGGUUUACUACAAGGCGUUCCCUUCCUCCACCCGGCACAGCUUCUUGGGGGCCGGGGUGGUGCCCCUCCCCCUGCCGUGCGUGUGGGCAGCCGUGAGAGACCCCACCCUGCGGCCCCUCUACGACAAGGCCGUCCGGAUCGCCCAGCUCCACCGCAGAGUGACCGGCUCCAUCCAGUUGGGUGAGCCCGGGGUCGAGGGGGGCGGGAGUCCGGACAGCGUAGGCCCGCCGGAAACCGCGCGGCAGUGGCCAGUGUACCUGGUGAGCAGCACCUCCCCGUGCUUCUCGAAGCAGCCCCGGGACUUCUGCUGUGUCAGUGUGGAGGCCAGAGAGGGCUCCCUGGCGGUGUCGGCAGCGCGGUCAGUCUCCGACCCCUCGAUGCCUCGGCCCCGCCGAGGCCUGGUGCGGGGAGAGAUUCUACCCAGCGCUUGGCUCCUGCAGCCCGAUACCGUGGACGGAAGGGACGUCACCAGGGUCAUCCACUUGACCCAGGUGGAGCUGGGGGGCCCGGGCCUUCCCGCCCGGCCGCGGAGCUCCUUCGUCAAAUGCCAGCCGCUCGCGAUAGCCGGUCUGGCUGCCUUUCUCCUAGGCUAGGACCCAGCCCCGAUGGCACGAGCCAGAACCCAAAGCAGCUCUGCCGGAGCCGGCUGGGACCCGAUACGGUGGGGGGCAGAGGGGGCAGAAGCCGAUGAACUCGCUGCCCUCGUCGCCUCCUUGUCCUGCCCCUCUUGCCGGGCAGGGGAGCCUGAGUGGGUGCAGAGCACCCUCAGAGGAGGCUGGGGCCUGGGUUGGGGUAGAGAGGACUGAGUGAGCAUCUCCCGUUGGCUCCCGACCCGCCGGAGGGAUAGAAAGGGUGGCCGUGAGCGGAGGGAGCUGCUGGGAGGUUGGGUGGGAACGACUUCUUCUCUUCCCCGGAGAAGCUGGGUGCUUCCCAAGCUGUUUCGAGAGACUCGGCCAGACAUCCGGAUGCUCCGCUAGGAGUUGGGGCUCCGUCCCGGAGCCACGGUGUGGAAAGCCUGGAGGCCUGAAUGGUUGGGAUGGGGGGCCGGGCGGGGAUCGGGAAGGUCCCCGCAUCCUUGGCUGGGGGCCAGGAUCGAGGCGCUGGCUUUCCGACUUGGUACGGCAUUAGCCCAGGCCGAUUCUAGCCACACUUCACGGCAGCCCCACAGUUCCGGGCCCCUCCUAGCCCGAUCCCCGCUUUUCCCACUCUAACACCUGGAUCAGAAGCCCCUCUUUCCCAGCAGGGAACCAAGCUGCUGCCUGAGGUUGGGAACCAGGAGCGGGGACUCGGGGCAUCCAACUGCCCGGGCUUAUUUCCCACUGCGACCUCAGCCCUCUUCCCAGGUCACGGAGGGGAAGCGAGAAGACCUUGCCGAUAGCCGAGGGCUCCAGGCCUAUUUAGUACUGGACAGGAAGUCCAAAAUGUGAUUUUUCUACAAGUUUUUGCAGUUUCGGGUGCCUGGUUAUUAUUUAUUACCGAUCGAAGGAAGGAGUUUAAAAAACAAAUCUUCUUUUAGACUAUUUUUGGAUACAUUUGUAAUAAAAAAGACACGCAGUCCCAGCUGGCGGUAAAA